GAGUUGGGGCCGCGGCAGUCUGUCGGGAAAAUUAAUAUCGGAGAUUUCGUUCCGAUGCUUUCGUGGAUUAAUCGGGUUAACGGGUUUGAUUCGAGAGUCGAUAAGGUUGCGAGGGAAAUGGAUGAGUUCUUCGAGGGAGUGAUUUGCGAGCGCAUCGAAAAUCCGAAGAAAUUACUGCAUGGUGAUCGUGAGGAAAAACAUGGAGAGAAUUUUCUUGAUAUUUUGCUCGAAAUUUACCGGGACAACGGUACCGGUGUAUCUAUCGACAGGGACAGCGUCAAAGCAAUUAUUCUUGAUGUAUUUGCAGCUGGAACCGACACUACAUCAACGGUUCUAGAAUGGGCAAUGACGCAACUCUUACGACACCCUCAAAUCAUGCAAAAAUUACAACACGAAGUACGACAAGUGGUUAAAGACAAAAACGACACAAUAACCGAGAACGACCUGGAAAAGAUGCCUUAUCUAAAAGCUGUAAUAAAAGAAACUCUCCGCCUCCACACACCGAUCCCACUGCUAGUACCUCGGGUAGCACGAAAAGACGUAAAAGUUAUGGGGUACGAUAUUUCAGCCGGAACAAUGGUGAUUGUUAAUGGUUGGGCAAUUGGCCGGGACCCUGCCAGCUGGAAUGAGCCGGAGAAGUUUGAUCCCGACAGGUUUUUGGAUUCCAGGGUGGAUUAUCAGGGCCUGGAUUUUGAGCUUAUCCCGUUUGGAGCCGGAAGAAGGGGCUGCCCUGGAAUUUCGUACGCUAUUGUUACUGACGAGUUCUUGUUGGCGAAUCUUGUCAGGGAAUUCGACUGGAAAUUGCCUGAUGAUGUGGAAGAUUUAGACAUGGGCGAACUUCCCGGGCUCGCGAUUCAUAGAGCUGUUCCUCUUCUUGCACUUGCCAGUCAGUAUGUUUAUUAAGUUCAUGCAACUUAUAUAUUAUAUAUUGGGAAAAUUACAGUUUUCGUCUCUCAAAUUUCCACCGAUUUCACAUUUGGUCCCCUAUGUUCACAAAAUACACACUUGGUCCCUCAUGUUUCAAUAAUAUAACGCUUUUGGUCAUUUCCGCCAAUUUACGAUGGGCAUACGAUGGAUUCCAUUAGUUUUAAUGGGAAUUUGACGGAAUUGACUAAAAGUGUUGAAUUUUUGAUACAUGAGGCACCAAGUGUUGUUUUUGUGAACAUGAUGGACUAAAUAUGAAAUUGAUGCUAACGUGAGGGACGAAAACUGUAUUUUUCCCGUUAUAUAUUAUAUAUGAUAGAAAUGUGAAGAACUUUGUGCAUUGAAAUAUAAAUUUAAAAAGUAUGUAGGAGUUGUGAAAUAUUGUUGAGCAGAUGUAUCUUUGUUCUAAAAUGGGACGAACAAAAUCCUAUAUAUUAUUGUGCUACACUUGAUGUUUGCAACUAAGUGUUUUAUUUCAACUCCA